AUGAUGAGUAACCACCAUGGGGGACCAUUUUUAAUAUUUAUGAAAGAUGAGCCAUUAAACUGUAAUGUUAACGUGAAUGCAGUUCAGUCUGAGAAAUUCCUCACUCUUCUGCUGAGCAUGGUUCCUCUAGCGUGCCACAAGGGCCAGGAAGAAAGACUGAAGAAAAUCAAUGGAUUGUCACCCACUGGACAUGGCUUUAACAUCCGAGCGGAUCAACACUUGGAAUACCACCAUUUUUCUGAGCCGAACUACCUUGGAAAUGGCCCGCACUGCUCAAAUAUAUGCAGUACAAGUUAUGACUUUGACAGUUAUGAUUAUUGUGAUGGAAGGGAAGUAUCAGAAACAGAUGCUAUGCUGCAGGACAGCCGGGCAUCUGGGGAUGAGGAUACAGAUUCCCUGGUGGAGGGCAGAAAAAAGUUGCCAAAAGAAUCUAGUUUUGCCAUGGCACUUCAGAUACUUGUGCCAUUCUUGUUAGCAGGCUUUGGAACUGUGUCUGCCGGAAUGGUUCUGGACGUUGUACAGCAUUGGGAAGUGUUUAAAAAUCUUACAGAAGUUUUUAUCUUGGUUCCUGCGCUACUUGGUCUUAAAGGAAACCUGGAAAUGACUCUAGCUUCUAGGCUCUCAACUGCAGUUAAUGUUGGGAAAAUGGAUUCCCCUAUUGAGAAGUGGAAUCUGAUCAUCGGAAAUCUGGCUUUAAAACAGGUACAAGCAACGGUUGUUGGGUUUUUGGCUGCUGUUGCAGCAGUUAUUUUAGGCUGGAUUCCAGAGGGCAAAUACCGUCUGGACCAUGCAAUACUCCUCUGUUCUAGUAGUGUAGCAACUGCUUUUAUCGCAUCACUUCUUCAAGGUAUAAUCAUGGUAGGAGUAAUUGUUGGAUCAAAGAAAACUGGGAUAAAUCCAGACAAUGUUGCCACUCCGAUAGCUGCUAGUUUUGGGGAUCUUAUCACCCUUGCUAUAUUGGCAUGGAUAAGUCAAGGUCUUUACAGCUGCAUUGAUUCAUAUUCAUUUGUAUCACCACUGGUUGGUACUUUCUUCUUGGCUCUAACUCCAAUAUGGAUUGUAGUAGCAUCCAAACACCCAGCAACAAGAAUUGUGCUGCAUUCUGGCUGGGAGCCAGUCAUUACUGCAAUGCUCAUUAGCAGUGUUGGCGGCCUUAUACUAGACACAACUGUUUCCGACCCAAACUUGGUUGGGAUUGUUGUUUACACACCAGUAAUAAAUGGUAUUGGUGGAAAUUUAGUAGCCAUUCAGGCCAGCAGGAUUUCUACCUAUCUUCACUUACACAGCAUUCCUGGGGAGCUGCCAGAUGAGGCAAAGGGGUGUUAUCAUCCUUGUAGGACCUUUUGUGGAGCAGGACCAAAUAGGAAAUCGGCUCAAGUUCUCCUCUCUCUUGUCAUCCCUGGACACUUAAUUUUUUUAUAUACCAUUUAUUUAAUGAAGAGUGGUCACACAUCUCUGACUCCCAUCUUCAUCGUGGUUUAUUUAUUGGCAGCUCUAUUACAGGUAUUUUCUCUGCUCUGGAUUGCAGACUGGAUGGUGCAUCACAUUUGGAGGAAGGGGAAUGACCCAGACAGUUUUUCUAUACCAUACCUCACUGCUUUGGGAGACCUUUUAGGAACUGCUUUGCUUGCUGUUGGCUUCCAUAUUUUGUGGCUUAUCGGGGAUAGAGAUGGAGAUGUUGGAGACUAG